UAGUGGUGGUGUCAACCUGGGCAACCAACAUGCCAUUUUUUCCAAUAUUGAACUUGACCCUAGCAACUUUUUUAUUUUGCACGUGCUUUACUGAUGGAAAAGUUGCGUUGCAAAAAGGAUCGUCAGAGGCCAACCCAAAAAAUCUGACUCGCGUAAAAAAUUUUCAGAAAACUGAAAUUUUUUCCCAAACUUCUCCACAUCAAGGCGCAGCUUCGCCAAAAAGGAAGACGCAUUUGCUGGCAACAAAAAUCCCGAAAAACAGCUUGUCGUCAGCUAGGUCAAACGGCCACAUUGAAUUCACAGAACUGGAAGCAACCAACAUCACCACGCAGCCUACACAUCACACCAUGAAUAAGCAAACCGCAAAUGCCAAGGAUUCAAUCGAAAAGGCAAAUAUUCACCUGAUUGGGUGGGAAUGGCAUGACUUCGGCGUUUUCAUCACCUUUGCAAUUUUUGUGUUUACAGUGGGCUAUGCUAAAGUUGUUUUUCACCACACACACUUCUUGGAAGCAUAUUUUCCAGAAUCUUUCUUAAUGCUCGGCCUUGGUGCGGCUGUUGGAUCUAUAUUAUACGUCCUAGGCUACCAUAUGCCACUUGAUUUGGACACAGAAAAAGCUGAACUUUCAGAGCCAAUUGGCUAUCAAUUUUACUAUUACAAGGAGCAAGCUCAAGAAUCAACCCUUGAGAGUAAAGAGGACGAGUUUUCUUUUCCACGCUUUUCGCCAAGGCUUUACUUUCUUAUAUUAAUACCUCCGAUAAUUUUGGAGCAGUCAUACGCACUUUAUGAUUCAGAGUUUUCAGAGAGCCUCUAUCCUAUCCUGCUAUUUUCAAUAAUGGGAAAAUUGAUCAGCACUUCUUCUAUUGGACUCAUACUACACGCUCUCUCUUAUUACAAAGCGAUACCUCCACUACUCCCAUCAAAAGGAAAUCAGCAAUCGUGGCUAGCUUUGACAGACAGCCUCGUUUUUGCCUCGAUCAUAUCUGCAGUCGAUCCAGUUCCUGCUUUAGGGCUGCUGCACGAAGCAGGUGUCAACAAAAAUCUAUAUUUCCUCAUUUUUGGGGAAUCAUUGUUAAAUGACGCAGUGUCCGUCUCAUUGUACAGUUCAUUAGUUGCAUUUACCGGGCCUAUAAAAAUCCUUGAAUCUCAUUAUGGAAUGGCGGUUUUGGCAUUUUUAAUCAAAAGUUUUGGAGGACUUUUGAUUGGCGUGAUUUUUGGACUUAUCUCGGCACUUGUAUCAAGAACCACCAAACAUCACCAAACCGUUGAGCCGCUAGCUUUACUAGGAUUGGCUUACAUUUCAUAUUUAUUAGCGGAGGUCAUUCAUUUUUCUGGACACAUAUGUUUGAUAGGUUGCGGAUUGUUGCAAGCGCAUUAUGCUUUUCAGAACAUUUCUUUCACUUCGUACAACUCAAUAAUUCAUUUAAUUAAAAUGCUGAGUUCAACUAGUGACGCCAUAAUUUUGAUGUUUCUCGGAAUGGCCAUGGUUGAUUAUUCACACGUUUGGCACACGAGCUUCAUUCUUUGGACGCUCCUACUUUGUUUUGUGUGUCGAUUUUUUGGAGUCUACAUUCUAGCUAUGUUUCAUAAUUUAACUAGCUCCAGGUGGAUUAAUUUCCGCGAUCAAACGAUUUUGGCCUACUGUGGUUUAAGGGGCGCCCUUUGCCUUUGCCUAGCCCAUAUGCUAAACGACUCCAGAGUUCCACAAAAAUCACUAUUUGUCACAGCAACUUUGGUUGUAAUAUUAUUCACAACACUGGUCCAAGGAAGUACGGUGCAACUAUUGUUGCGCUGCAUGUGCAUUAAGAGACAAGACCACAUAAGUGAAACGUUGAAUGAGGGGACUGCUAAUUCUGUAUUUAGUCUUGUGGUGUGUGGCAUCGAAUCAAUCACCGAAUCAAAAGGAAAUGGAUACAUAAAAAGAGCAUUUGCAAAAUUUGACCAGAAGUAUUUGAAGAAAAUAUUUUUGUCAAGAAACGCUGACCACGAAUUGCAGAGGAUGUUCCAAAAAAUUGCUUUAGAGGGCCACAUCUCAAGUCGAAUUCCGUCUGGGAGGAAGAUUGAAAGAAGCUAUGAAACUAAGGUGUUAAACAGAGUACCAGAUGGAAAUAGGCAACUCUAUUCCAGCGCAAUUAACCCUUUGGAACAAUCGCGAAGAAUAGAUCAGCACAGACCAUUCCGAGUGGAGAGACGAAAGAAUAAAAAAAUUAAAGAGGAACAACACAAUCUUAAAAUUAUGCACGCGCAUUUUGAAGAGAAUGAUGAUCAAGGACCUCUUUUGAUAGAGUUGCAUGAUGUCAUUCCACCAGCUGACUCAAAUGAGGGUAGGACAUUGUACCUGGCGCGUGUUAGGAAAACUUCAGCAGAAGAGAGAUUGCGGGAGAUGAUAAUAGAGGAAUUAAAAAAAAUUGAAAUUCCACACGUUAGAGAGGCAUUUUCAGAGAAUGAAAAAUGAGCAGGUCAACUUUUGAUUCAUUUAUUUAACAUGAACGAGAUAAAUGUUAAAUAUGAGAAAAAUACAUGUUUUCAUUGAAAUAAAAUUAAAAUAUAUUGUUUUUUAACUUUAACUGACUGAUGGUUGCGGGUUUAAAAAUGCAGCUAUGGUUCACUGGUUUACGGAGUUUGAGGAAUUUUGCUCUUCUGAUCAAUUUCAUAAUUUUUCAUACUUUGGCAAAAAAGUGGACUUUCAGUGAAUAUUGGUUUCAUGAAUAUGAGAUCUUUAAAUCUUAAAUUACGACAAAUGGCUAAUUAAAAAAUCCUGCUUUGGUAAGAAAAAUCUUUUAAUUAUUAUGGCAUGUGCUCUUACUAAUGAAUUAAAACAAGCAGGUUGACAAUAAUCCACAUUUAAAUAUAUCUCACAAAGUUAUAAUAGAUAAUUUGUUCCGAAAAUAUGCGCUGCCUUAAAAAUGGCAGCACUCUUACCAACAAUGGCAAGUAAAUUGUGCACAUCACAUAUAAGCAGGAAAUUUACC